AUGGACAGUACAAGUGAAAUAACCUGCAGUAACAUUUAUAAAUUUUGUCCCAGUGCAAAAAAAGGCAUAUGCUCACUUAUCUCAGAGUAUAAAGGAGACGAGAAAAUGAAAAUAGCUAGCCGUGACAACCACGCGGGCGAUAAGAUUAUCUCAGUGCAAACAUUAAGUAGUAAUGAGAUCCAUGAUUGUUUUCAUCGUUUAAAAUCCGGUUUAUCAGACGAAUUCCCUGAGUGCAUCUCCGGAUAUGAUCGAUGGGCAGUUGCAUUUUUCGUUCUUCUGUUUCUUUCUGUGUUGCUGUUCAUGUUAAAGCGAUGGAUAAACCAUAAAAGGCCUAUUUCAAAGUUUAUUACAGAGGGAACGAGACGAUUAGUGAGGUUUGUGAUCCCAAAAAAAUGGUCAGGUCUUGAAUCGUUCAGACGUGGCAAAGUUCGCGUGAACAAGAAAAAGAAGAUCAGAAUAAGCAGAUAUAACGAUAAGAUAAAGAUUCUGAAACUGGAGAUGUUUGCUGAUGUUCACAGGUUCGAAGACCUUGAAAGAUUGUUUCCGGAUUUUUCAUACGAUGCGCUCAACCGUACGUAUAGUGAAGUGCAAAAGAUCAGAAAAUGGCAAAAAGCGAAAGGAAUAAAGAUAGGGAAAUCGCGAAAUUACGUUUUCGUACUGCCGAAACGGCAUGGGCAACGCUUCAGCAGCAACUUUGAAGACUCAUGUCCUGGUGAUUAA